AUGGAUAAGCCAUCUACAUCAACUGAAAGCAAAGAGAAAACGGUUCGCUUCGAAGAAGGAAAAGAAGAAGAUGAAGAAACGGACGAAGAACAAGCUUCUGAUGAAGAAUCUGGAGAAGAAGAAGAGGAGUCAGAUGACGAAAGUUCUUCUGAUGAGUCUGUAGAACUCCCACCACCUUUAGCACCAAACAGAAGUCGAAGAUUGAACGCUGGCAAUAGGUAUACGAAGGUUUUGGCCGAAGAAGAGCACAAAGCUGAAGGAGAUGAAGUUUAUGAGACUUUAUAUGGAGGAUUUAAAGAGGUGAGAUUUUUUAUAUUAUUCUUUUUGAUUUUAGGUAUAAGAUAUAUUGUGAGCAAGGUUUUGUUUGUAAAAUACGAUCACCAGUGGCAACUUCAAACCUAAAAUAAAGUAAUAUUGUUUUAGUUGAAUAAAGCAAUACUCUAGACUAAAUAAAAGGCUGUUUUUAGGUUGAAAAUGACGAUAACUUUGAAGUAGAUUCGGAUGAAGGUAGUGACGAAGAGAAUAAGGAUUUGGAUGAUGAAGAAAAGCGCGGAGAGACAGAUGUUGAUGAUGAAAAGGAAGGAGAACAUGAGGAGGACGUGGCAGAACCUAAAAAGAAGGUAAUGAUUUUACUUUAUAUAUUUUUUGCUUCUUAGGAGCUAGCAGCUAUACCUUGAAGUUUAAAAGGCAUUUUUGACGAUCGGAAUAGAUUAUUUUUACAUUUCUGAUGCAUAAAAUUAUUGGUAAAUCUUCUAACUAAAAUUUUAGAAAAAGAAACCAACAGUUCAAAAGAAGCCAUCAUGGUUAAUGUCUCAAAUGGCCGAAGAUUCGGUACCUCUGAAUGCCUUAUCAACUUCAGCUCAAGCUCAACGCCUAAAAGAGUGUAAAGAAGUGGCGGCUGCGAAUCGAAAGUCUUUGGAGGAGAUGUUGAAGAAGCAGCGUGAGGAGAAGGAGAAGCAACGUUUGAAGCCAAGAGCUCGAUAUCUACAAGGUCCAAAAGAAUCAUAUUACUCUGACAAGGAGAAGACUUAUCUGUUAAGGCAUAAUUUGAAGCAGUGGAAGAAGCCGGCGGUCAGUGAGAGGACAUGUGUUGUUAGUGGUAAAGAAGCAAGGUAUCGGGACCCGGUUACUGGUUGUUAUUACUUUGGCAUUGAUGAGUUUAAGAUGAUAAGGCAAAAUGAAGAGAAGUAUUUACAUUUGUAGGUUUAUAUAAGGUUUUUUGUUGAUUUAUAGUAAAUUUAUAGUGUUUUUCUUUAAUAUAUGGCUUAUAUUAAUAUUUCUACUACAAUAUAUCGCUUAAAUUUUAUUUUUUAGCUAUUUUUUGAUCAAUUUUACUGAUUUUUUGAGCAACUUUACUGAUUUUGCUAUCAUUUUUACUUAUUUUUGACCAUUUUAACUCAAUGUACCUAAAAAGGCCUUAAAAAUUAUACUUUCAGGCAAAGAUCAUCACAAAACAGCUCAAGUAAGUCAUCCGCAGAUCAAGUUGUACCAUCUACAGCUUACCCAUCAAGCUGGAGCAAGCGAGUGUUAGUUGGACAAGAUGACGAGGAUGACGUUACAGUAGAAAAAGCUGUUUCAAGUACUUUGAUCUAUCUGUAUUCGUAAGUUUUUGCUACUGUAGGGUAAGGUAGGCUAGGUAAGAUGGGUUUAGGAUAUGGUAGGGUGAAGUAGGGUAGUAUAGAGUAAAGGUAAAAUAAGGCAGGCAAAAGUUGGAAAGGGGGAUAUAGAUUUUGCCAUUUCAAACAUUAUGUUUAGAAAAUCCCAUGGCCAAGAAGCCCAACCGCCUUCAGAAGAAGAGCUACGAAUAUUCAGAGAAACGAUAGACGAAGAAAAACGACCAGUAAGAGAAAAACAGCUAGUUCCAGCAGCAAUAAGACGAUCCAUCUUCAUUGUAAAGCCAGCACCAAGAACUGAUGCCAUCACAGCCCUAUCACCACGAGGAACGAAACGACAGAGUGUAGCACCAAUUUGCAGUGUUUCAGAAGCUAAAAUUCAAAAGUUGGAGAAAUAA